AUGUAUAAACAUUCAAAAAAUCGACGUCAUGGCGAUCCAGUACAAGUACCUGGCAGUUUAACGGAUCAAAUCAAUCAAGAUCGAAAUGUUACGAAUACAAAAACUCGACAAAAACAAAAACGAAAAUAUGAUGAUGAUGAAGAUGAACAAAUUAUUGAUGAUCGUCUAUCAAGAAAAAUUAUUCAACAAGCUCGAGAACAACAAAAUGAAUUUGAUAAUGAUGAACUUUUAGCUAUCAGUAAAGAAGAAACAGAUCUAGAAUCAAUAGAACGUAUAAAUAAAAUUAAAAAAAAUCGAACGGAAGAUAGUGAUGAAGAUGAUUUAAAUGUUCAAGAAGAUGAUUAUGAUGAUGAAGAAGUUUCAAUCGAUGAAGAAGAUGAGAAAGCACUUGAAGCAUUUAUGAGUGGUCAACCACGACGUUUACUUGGUGAUAUUAUUGCUGAAAAACAAGCACAAAAUCAAUCAUCACCUGAUAAUGAUCUUGAUCCACGUAUUUCCAGUAUGUAUGAACAAGUCGGUCAAAUUCUUGCUCAUUAUCGAAGUGGUAAAAUACCAAAAGCAUUUAAAAUUCUACCAAAUUUAGCUAAUUGGGAACAAGUGCUACUCAUAACACAACCAGAUCGAUGGACUGCAGCAUCUAUGUAUCAAGCAACACGAAUAUUUGCUUCAAAUAUGGAUGCUAAAAUGGCUCAAAGAUUCUAUAAUAUUAUUUUACUUCCACGUAUUCGCGAUGAUAUUGAUGAAUAUAAAAAACUUAAUUUUCAUCUUUAUAUGGCAUUAAGAAAAGCUUUAUUUAAACCAAGUGCUUUCUUCAAAGGGAUUAUUCUACCAUUAUGUGAGUCAGGUACAUGCACACUUCGUGAAGCUGUGAUAAUUGCAAGUAUCCUUGCAAAAAAUUCCGUUCCAAUGUUACAUUCAGCAGCAGCUUUAUUAAAAAUAGCUGAAAUGAAUUAUUCAGGUGGUAAUUCAAUAUUUAUUCGAACACUUAUUGAAAAACGUUAUGCAUUACCAUUUCGUGUUGUUGAUGCUCUUGUUCAUCAUUUCAUUAAAUUUCGUACUGAUACACGUGACUUACCUGUUCUUUGGCAUCAAUCAUUACUUGCUUUUAUUCAAAAUUAUCGACAAGAUAUAUCAACAGAACAAAAACAAGCAUUACUUGAAUUAUUACAUCAUCAUUUUCAUCAUACAAUUGGACCUGAAAUUCGAAAAUUACUGUCCGAAUAUAAAUGUCGUGAUGAAGAAGAUGAACAAUAUGCAAUAAUGGAUGAAGCCAAUUAA